AUGACCAAGAUUAAGGUGUUAAUUGCUUCUUUUGAAGAGUAUAGAGAAUCUGGAUUUGGACAAGCUAUCAAUACAGCAAAAGAACUUGCUUCAACAAUGGAGAUUGAUCCUGUUUUCCCUGAAAAAAGACAAAUAUAUAGAAAAAGACAUUUUGAUGAGGUUACAUGUGAGUCUUCGAAACUACCUCAAGAAUCUGCUGAGGAAGCUUUUAGAGUUCAUUAUUUCUUGUUCAUAGUAGAUCAAACAAUUGGGUUAUUGAAGAAAAGGUUUGAUGAAUAUGAGGAAUAUGAAAAUCUUUUUGGAUUUCUUUUCAUAGCUGAAAAGUUGAGUUCAUUGAUUGAUGAGGACUUGAAAGCUUAUUGCAAGAAUCUUGAAAGGAAACUACAAAGAAAAAAUGGUACAAGACAAGAUGUUUCAAAUUUGGAUGGAGAUGACUUAUAUCAAGAACUGAAAAUCAUACAACAUAUUCUACCAAAGGAAACAAAAAUAACAAAAAAAAGUUUUUCUAAAUUGAAGUUGUUGAAUCUUAUUUGA